UGGGAACAGCCCAAGGUGCACGCUUCCUGCUCACAUUCUCCGCCAGUUGUAAACGGAGCCUGUCCUCAAGCAUCGUCGCAAUGAAGACUAAUACCGAUGACUCAAUGCGCCAUCAUGCCGAGGAUGAGAAUGCGCGUGGGAAAGGGAACAAAGCAGACACGGAGGAUGACGGCCCAGCAUGCCAAUCCUGUCGAAAGAAAAAGGCAAAAUGUUCGAGAAAACAGCCCUGCUCGCAUUGUGUCCGGUUCAAUAUUGAUUGCGUGUAUGAUGAUCACAAAGCCAAACCAGGAUUACGAACAGGUGCAAUAGAGAACCUAAGCCAAAGAGUCGUCGCCUUAGAAAACAUGUUUCUUGGACAAGGAGUUUUAUGGCAGCAAGUUUGGAAUUGCCUCAACGCAGUCCAAGCACACACACCGUCGUCGGAAUGCGGUAUCGGGGGCGGAAGUGACUCCUUGAAAGAAUGCACGGGUCGACUACGAGCGACUCUGUCAACUCUGUCAACGGACCCUAAUUCAACAGGAUACGUACCGCCAUUGCAAAGUCCGCUCAAGCGGCGGCGGAAAGACGAUGUAGAAGAACAACCCCGGAAAGCACCAGCUUUCCACUCAGAGACUGAAUAUGAGCUCCCUCCAGAAGAUCUCAUUGACUCGUUGGUUGAAAUAUACUUCGCGAACAUACAUCCGUGGAUCCCAAUCCUUCAUGUGAGGCAGUUCCGCAAACGAAUGGCCGUGCCUUCCCAACGGACGAAGCUCACGUCGAUUUUUCAUGCCAUUGUAUCGCUCUGUGUUCGAUUCUCUUCCGAUUCCAGACUCAGCAAUGCUGAUAUCAGGAACACUUACGCGAAGCGAAGUAGGCAGACUGUCAUUUUGCAGAGUAUGGAAUCAUUCUCCGUCGAGAACUUGCAAGCACUUGUGAUAUGUGCAUUUGAUACGAUUGGUAGCGGACGCGGACCAUCCGCCUGGUCCAUCGUUGGAAGUAUGACGAGGACGGUCGAGCAGCUGCAGCUGAGCGUGGAAGACGAAGAUCAACCUCGUGCAGCAGAACUGCUCAUCAAACGUAUGGCAUUUCUACCUCCGGCCACGACAUGGAUCGAACGAGAGGAACGACGCCGCGUCUUCUGGAAUGUAUUUCUUAUGGAUCGCUUUUGCAGCAUUGCGACUGGGUGGAACUUUUCCCUCACCAGUGCCGAUGUCAAGCGACGGUUGCCAUGUGAGGGGGCCUUGUGGGAAGAAGGCAAAGCUCUACAAACACCAACGCCAUAUUUCGGUAUCGCGGACAAAUCUUCUGGUGGAGGUGCUUUGCCAACUCGAAGACCGGAACUUGACGAUCAAGCUUCACUAGGAGGCUUCGCAUUCUCAAUCGAAGCUUUGGAAAGUUUGAGUCUCGUGACCACUUUCUUCUUGAGACACGAACUAGACGUUUCCAAGGUCCAAGAUGUACAGAUGUGGCUGAUGAGAUUUAAAGAGCUUGAUUUGAGACUUGUGCAAUGGAAAAUAUUCCUGCCUGAACAAUGGCGAGAAGCAUGUGCACGAAACGUUGACGGGAUCAUGGAUCCGAAUCUGACGCUUGCACACAUAACGCACAACACUGCUGUGGGCCUACUGCACCAAGGAAUUGCGUACCCUUCGCCUGAGUGGCAAGUAUGCCCUAUUCGAUUACCUUCUGUCUCCAGCGCAGAGACAUGCAUGACAGCAGCAAAAGAAGUUGCAAUCAUCGCAGAAGAAUACCUCCAAGACUCAAUAAUACCUACGAGCCCCCAAUUUGCGUUCUGUCUCUUUAUCUGCGGACGCAUGCUUCUCGCACAUGCACUCCACUACAACACUUCUCUCCCUACAGAAGUCAAUUCCCUUAUCAACAGCCUCCAAGAGCUCUCUCGAAGGUGGAACGGGCCCCACAUCAGCGAAAACCAUAGCAACGGGUCACCUAAUCUUGCGUCCAAGUUUGCCGCAAGACUUGCCCAAGCUCGGGAUCAAGGCCCACAUGCGCUGGAUAUUCGUCAAUCUGCCUAUUCCGACGAACAAAGUCUCUCCCAAGAAGCUCCUCCCGCCUUACAAUCACGCAACAAUAACUUCCACAACAAUCAAGGUAAUUUAUCCAACGAUACUCGUCACACAGCGACAAACACCAAUGACAUCACACACGGUUCCCUCGUGAACGGGCAGCGGGUCAACGGUGAUAGCGGCGCAGUUCUAGCAGAUCAAGAAGGCUCACCAGAUAGUAUCUCGUUAGCAUUCCCACCGCUGCCGCUUGCAUUUCAACCACACUGUGCCAACGGCGUGCCCACGCGGAUCUCCUCUCCGAUUUCCAACCUGGCAUACCCGAUUCCAGGGAACGGUGAAUACGGGUCAACCAACACAUUCGCCGAUUCAAACAAUGGAGGGUAUGACUUGUCCGGCAAUGGCUUUGAUGACUUGAACUCAUUCUUUGACUAUUCUUUCUUGCCGAUGCAGAGGAUAAGUGUGUUUUCUGGAGCAAGUGAGAAGCCGACGGAGCAGGAGCAUUAAUCUACUCUCGCUUAAUCCCAGGGGCUGCGACCCCAACAACGGCAAUCGGGCAG